GCUAUGUUCAGGCGAAAAGCUUUCUUGCAUUGGUAUACUGGUGAGGGUAUGGACGAGAUGGAAUUUUCUGAAGCUGAAUCAAACAUGAACGAUCUUGUGUCAGAGUAUCAACAAUAUCAAGAUGCUACUGCUGAAGAUGAAGGUGACUUUGAAGAUGUAGAAGAGAUUGCCAACGAAAGUGCUUAAUUUAUACUUGUGAUUAACUUUUUGCCUAAUUGGAAUUUGGACUUAACAUUCCAGUUGUUGUGUUUGGUCUGAACUACUUACAGUGUACAGCUUCCUAUACUAUUUUAAUACUAACUUUUUGAAAUAAAACAUUUAAUUUGAAACUA